AUGAAGGAAGAGAAAAGAGCCGCGGUGGAAGACACUUUGAGACGGCUAUAUGGUUUUUGGGCCGAGAGAGCGGCCGAGCAUGGGUCCACAAGACAGCCUUUAGAUGUCCGAAACUUAGAAGUUUAUAUCGACGAUGUGGUUGUGAAGUCGGAAUCGAGACCAGGUCAUUUGGAUGACCUUCGGUUAGCCUUCGAGAGAAUGGGAAAGCAUCAAUUGAAGAUGAACCCAAAGAAAUGUGCCUUUGGGGUUUCCGUCGGAAAUUUCCUAGGAUUUUUGGUACAUCAAAGGGGGAUUGAAAUUGAUAAAAAUAAGGCUAAGGCCAUCAUUGAGGCGCCGCCCCCGAAAAACAAGAAAGUAUUGCAAAGUUUGCUAGGCCAAAUAAACUUCCUUCGAAGGUUUAUAGCUAAUUCCGCUGGGAAAGUCGAGCCUUUUUCAUCUUUGCUAAAACUCAAGGAUGAGGAGAAAUUUCGAUGGGAAGAAGUUCACCAAAAGGCAUUUGAUUCCAUCAAAGAGUAUUUAACCAAGCCACCGGUGCUAAUCCCGCAGAAGCGAGGCCGAACUUUGAAGUUAUAUAUUUCGGCCGCAGAAAAUUCCAUCGGAAGUCUUUUGGCCCAAGACAACGAUGAGAAAAAGGAGCAAGCAGUGUGCUACCUAAGCCGAAUUCUAACGUCCACCGAGAGAAAAUAUUCACCGGUGGAGAAACUUUGUUUAGCCUUAUACUUCACCAUAACCAAGUUAAGGCACUAUAUGUUGCCUUCCGUGGUGCAUAUAAUCGCCAAGACUGAUUUGAUCAAGUACAUGCUCACUCGGCCAAUCAUUAGAGGGCGAAUUGGAAAAUGGACGAUAGCAUUGGCAGAAUUCACCUUCCGAUACGUACCUCAGCAAGCCGUCAAGGGGCAAGCUUUGGCUGAUUUCUUGGCCUCUCACCCUUGUGUUGAAAUAGAAGACAUGGACUUCUUCAAAGUCGACAUGAUAAGUUUAUUCCCAUGGCGUCUCUAUUUCGACGGAUCUCGAACAUCAAAUAUGGGGGGAGCAGGUGUCAUCAUUGAAUCACCCCAAGGAUUCCGAACUCGUUAUUCAUUUCAAUUAGACUUUGAUUGUACCAACAAUCAAGCCGAAUAUGAGGCCUUGAUCAUUGGGUUGGAGAUUUUGAGAGAACUUGGAAUAAAUAAUGUGUCAAUCAUGGGGGAUUCAAUGUUGGUUCUGAAACAACUAUCCGGCGACUAUAAGGUAACCAGCCAAGCAUUGCUUGGCUAUCAUGCCUUGGCCAGCCAACUAAUAGAAGGUUUUGAUGAAGUGAGACUCGCUCACCUACCAAGGGAGCACAACUCACAGGCCAAUGCAAUGGCCCAAUUGGCCUCUGGAGUUCAGAUCUCUGAAGGGUUUUCUGAGGAGUUAUUCAAAGUUGAAAAACGAUCGUUGCCCACAAUUUUUGAAAGAGGAAUACCAAUGGAGGUGAUGGCAUUGACUGUAACUCCAGAUGACUGGAGACACGACAUUGUGGAGUAUCUGAAAUGUCCAAGUGGUCCACAUUGCAGGCAGGUUCGGAAAAGGGCCAUAAGCUACGUGCUCAGGGAUGAAGAGCUUUUUCGUAUUGGCUCUAACGACUUACUCAUGAAAUGUCUAGGAAAGAUUGAUCAGAUGGUGGUUAUGACUGAGGUUCAUGAAGGAAUAUGUGAAGCUCAUCAAGCAGGCAUCAAGAUGAGAUGGUUGCUAAGGAGGCAUGGGUAUUAUUGGCCAACCAUCCUGAAGGAUUGCAUUGAUUACGCCAAAGGAUGCCAAGGAUGUCAAAGGCAUAGCCCAGUUCAGCAUGUCCCGGCCGGGCCCAUGAAUCCUAUUGUGAAGGCUUGGCCUUUCAAGGGUUGGGCAAUGGACGUGACUGGCCAGAAUCACCCAAAAUCGUCCAAGAGUCACAAGUUCAUUUUAGUGGCCACGGACUUCUUUACAAAAUGGGUAGAGGCCGUACCACUCAAGCAAGUUACCCAAGCUGAGGUGAUAGAGUUUAUUGAGAAAACUAUCAUCCAUCAAUUCGGAUUACCAGAGUCUAUCAUGACUGACCGAGGAACGGCUUUUGUGGGAGAGGCUGUCAAGGCAGCCGCAAAAAAUUGGGUAGUUAGGAUGGUUUAG